UCGAUAAGCACAGGAGACUGGCUUCCACGACCUGCCAACUCGGAGAUAUCCGACUGGAAUGCCUUCCAACAAUAGGGACAAAGCGGUACGGAGCAUGUGAGACAUGUGCCACCGACUCCCGAUGCAACCAUUCUAUCAGGCCAGUGGGGACCGGCUAGCCUCGUCGACCACCGAUGGUUGCCCUCAUCAAACUUUACUACUAAUGGACCAUCUGAGAAAAGAGAAAAAAAAAAAAACAAUGGCACCAUCCACCGCCAAAGCGCAGUGUUGGUUACCCAUUUUACUUUUUCCCCUCUCACCCGCCCUUUCUUCCGCUGCCGCCUGGAGACGGAAUCCUGAAGCACAACAGAGAAACGGUAUUGGGAGUGGUGGAACCAAGUUGCGCCUUGACUUUGGAGCCGGCGCUGCCAGCCGAUGCGCCCCAUUCCCAAAUCGGCCUAACGGCCGUGAAGCCGAGGUUCAGGGUGUCCCUACUAACAAUGCUUAAACGAGCGGAGUAAUAUUGUGCCCUGAACCUCGCCAAACUCAAGGGCCAGCAAUUGUCGGCGCAUGGGGAUGCUUGAAGCUUGAUAUUCUCUUUCAUGAACGGCGCUCGCUAUCUUUCUAUGGGCCGGGCUUGGCUAUUUGAGGGUUUUCUGACUUGCCCCCAAUGUAUGGGCGCCCCAAGGGACCCUAAGCAACAUCCACACCCGAGGACAAGCCUUGGUCAGACAUCCCAGG